AUGACUAACAAACGUGUUGUUGUGCUUAGUGCUGGUGUUUUCAGUUUAACUACUGCUAUUCUUCUCUUGCAGCAAGAAAAAAGGUUUGAAGUUACUGUAGUAGUGAAACAUUUUCCAGGGGACUUUUCAAGUGAAUUCACGAGUCCAUG